AAAGAAAAAGAACUGAGAAAUGAGAAUGUUAUUUUGGCGGUAAUAGAUGGAUGAAGACGAAUGUUAAUUUUGGUGUCUGAAAGCAAAAGCAAAAGCAAAUAUUGUGGAAUCGAGUGAUUGAAUGGAAAGAAGAAGCAUGAAACAGGGGCAAGAAGAUGAGCGUAACAUAGCUACCCUCGACUCCAGAUUCAGUCAGACCCUCAGAAAUGUUCAAGGGUUACUCAAAGGUCGUAGCAUGCCCGGUAAAAUAUUAUUGAGCCGGAGGAAAGACUUACCAGAUAACUCAAACUCUAAGGAAUCCUCACUAAAUUACAGAAGGAGCUUCUCACACAAUGAUGCUGGUACAAGUGAUCACACAUCUGGGGUAGUAGAGGAGGAGUUUCAAAGUACAAACAAACCAAUUAAUAUUGCCAAUAUCAGUAAGUUAAAAAUGUCAACCUCCCCUGGAGAGAGCCCAUCUGAAGAAAUCCAUAAGUCUACCAUGGGUGCUAGAGCUACGGAUUCUGCAAGAGUUAUCAAGUUCACUAAGGUGCUUUCUGGGACGGUGGUUAUAGUAGACAAAUUGCGUGAAUUAGCUUGGAGUGGUGUUCCAGAAUAUAUGCGUCCUAAAGUGUGGAGACUUCUCUUGGGAUAUGCACCACCUAAUUCAGAUAGAAGGGAGGGAGUUCUAAGAAGGAAGCGCCUUGAGUAUCUUGACUGUAUUUCUCAGUAUUAUGAUAUUCCUGAUACAGUACGUUCAGAGGAUGAGAUCAACAUGCUUCGCCAGAUUGCUGUUGAUUGUCCAAGAACUGUACCUGAUGUUCCAUUCUUCCAGCAACAGCAAGUUCAGAAGUCAUUGGAGCGUAUUCUUUAUGCAUGGGCCAUUCGGCAUCCUGCAAGUGGAUAUGUUCAGGGGAUAAAUGAUCUUGUUACGCCAUUUUUAGUUGUUUUCUUAUCAGAAUACUUAGAAGGGGGUAUAGAUAAUUGGUCAAUGUCUGAUUUAUCUUCAGAUAAAAUCUCUAAUAUAGAGGCUGACUGCUACUGGUGCUUGUCAAAGUUGCUUGAUGGUAUGCAAGACCAUUACACAUUUGCUCAACCUGGAAUUCAGAGGCUUGUUUUCAGGUUGAAGGAAUUGGUCUGGAGGAUAGACGAGCCUGUUUCACGACAUAUGGAGGAUCAGGGACUUGAAUUUCUUCAGUUUGCUUUCCGUUGGUUCAACUGUCUUCUAAUCCGUGAGAUACCCUUCCAUCUCAUCACACGCCUUUGGGACACGUAUCUAGCUGAAGGAGAUGCCUUACCAGACUUCCUAGUGUAUAUAUUUGCCAGUUUCCUUCUAACGUGGUCAGACAACAUCCAGAAGCUUGAUUUCCAAGAGUUAGUAAUGUUCCUUCAACACGUUCCAACUCAGAACUGGACUCACCAGGAACUCGAGAUGGUACUUUCCCGGGCAUUUAUGUGGCACAGCAUGUUCAACAACUCUCCCAGCCAUUUGGCUAGCUAAACAGGUGUGCCUAGGGACUGAGCGUGUUUGGAUUCCUUUGGAGCUAAAUAGGUAACUUGUGUUACAAGUGAGCAAAUUGGUAAAGCUUCAAAAGGAACACAGUUAAUUGAAGAGCCUCAUGGGACAAGGACACAAACCGUGGCUGGAGGUACUAGUAUGAGGAUGUGGAAUUCUGGGUGGCUGGAGGCUACUAUUUAUUGUAGACGUAUUUUUGGAAAAGAUGUAUUGUUGUAUAGUGUUCAUAUUCGAUGCAUGUAUAUUUAUGUAU